AUGGAGACUCCAGAGACUAUUUCCAAAGGCGACGCCGCCAGGACCGCCGAGAUCUGUGAGCAACACGGCAUCACGCCGAACGAGUUCUCGGAGCUCCGCCAGCGCGCGACGGCAGCCAAGGCGACGGCUUAUUGCCCGUACAGCCGGUUCCGUGUCGGGGCCACGGUGCUCUCGGGCGAGGGCCAGUUCAUCGACGGCGCAAACGUGGAGAACGCGUCAUACCCCGUGGGUACGUGUGCCGAGCGCGUCGCCCUGGGCACCGCCGUGACGGGCGGCCAUCGCGGGUUCCGGGCCAUCGCCGUCGCCACCGACAUUGCGCCUCCGGCGAGCCCCUGCGGCAUGUGCAGGCAGUUUAUUCGAGAGUUUUGCACGCUGGAGACGCCAAUCAUCAUGUUUGACAAGAAUGAGGACUUUAUCGUCGUGAAGCUUGGUCUGCUUUUACCCAUGUCUUUUGGGCCUGAUCAGCUUCCUCCGCCUGAAGCUCUCAGCAGGACAUAA